UGCUGGGGCCCUGCAGGUCAGUGCCCAGCACCAGGAGAAGCCUUGCCAGGUACGUUGGGUGCUUUUGGCUUUACCCCCCGAUGGGGAGGACGGAGCUUUGAGGAAGUAAAAGUGCAGGAGGAGGUUUUGAUGUUGACUCUGGCUCCAUUUUAGCUCUGAUUCCCCCCAAGCCCUCUCUGGGCAGGGCUGCAGGAGGCGGCUCUGCCUCGGGAGCUGCUCUUGGGUGAAAAGAGGAGAUUCUGGUUUGCUCUUUACGGUGCUGGAGCCCCAGGUCUGAGAGAGCAGCCUCAUGCCCAGGUGAUGGAAACACCUCCGGGGAGGGUUUCUCAGCAGGGUGGAACCAGGAUCAUGUCUGGAUGUGUCCCUGCGCGUCGGUGUCCUCGGGGCUCGGGUCCGGCCGCCUUCUCCCCUUGCAGGCAGCGAGGCCGGGGUAGGAUUCCCCUUCCCACCUUGCAGGGGUUGGGGGCACCAAGAGGGGAGCUCCUCUGGGCACUCAGGGCAGGAGCUGGUGGCAUCACCCGGUGUAGAAACGCGGUGAAGGGCAUGCCAGGGAGCCGAGGUCAGGGAUGUCAUCACCUCCUGCCUCUUACCCAACCGGAUUUGUCACCAAGGGGGCAAGCCCGGCUCCUCAUCCCUCUGCUCCUGGCGCUUGUGCCGUGUCGCUCCGGCUGCCCGGUCCCAUUGGAGCGCGAUGAAGCUGCUGCUUCCCAUCGCCUUCCUGGCCACGCUUGUGGUGGCCCUGGGGCACCCUGACCCUGCGCUGGACUGGCACUGGCAGCUCUGGAAGAAGACCCAUGGCAAGGAGUAUCACCACGAGAAGGAGGAAUGGGAUCGACGGGAGAUCUGGGAGAGGAACCUGCGCCUGGUGACGCUGCACAACCUGGAGCACUCCCUGGGGCUGCACUCCUACACGCUGGGCAUGAACCACCUGGGUGACAUGACCAGCAAGGAGGUGGCAGCUUUAUUAACGGGGCUCAGCGUCGCUCCCCGAUCCCGGCGCAUCCCCGCAUCCCACCCGCAUCCCCAUGGCCGCCUCCCGGACACGGUGGAUUGGCGGCAGCAGGGAUGUGUCACGGAUGUGAAGAACCAGGGCGCCUGCGGCUCGUGCUGGGCCUUCAGCGCCGUGGGAGCGCUCGAGGCGCAGGUGAAGCUGAAGACGGGGACCUUGGUGUCGCUGAGCACCCAGAACCUGGUGGACUGCUCCGUGCCGCAGGGGAACCGGGGCUGCAGCGGCGGGUUCAUGACCAGGGCCUUCCAGUACAUCAUUGACAACGGUGGCAUCGAGGCCGAGGAGUCCUACCCCUACAAGGCUGAGAAUGGGACAUGCCAAUACAACGCUUCGGCACGAGCUGCCACUUGCUCCAAGUACAUUGAGCUGCCCUAUGCUGAUGAAGAAGCUCUCAAAGAUGCUGUGGCCAAGGUUGGACCAAUCUCUGUUGCCAUUGAUGCCACCCAGCCCACCUUCUUCUUGUACAAGUCAGGGGUGUACGAUGACCCCCAGUGCUCACAGGAGGUGAACCACGCGGUGCUCGUCAUCGGCUAUGGCACCCUGGAUGACAAGGACUACUGGCUCGUGAAAAACAGCUGGGGCGUGCGCUUCGGAGACGAGGGCUACAUCCGCAUGGCAAGGAACCGCUCGAACCACUGUGGGAUCGCCAGUUAUGCCUCCUACCCCCUCAUCUAGGCACGGCAUUCCUGAGGGAUCCACCUCAGGAUCUACCCCAGGAUAUCCCCCAACCCAGAACUACUGACCUUAAGGACCACUUUGUGCCCCUGUGG